GUAGUUGAUAUAGCGAAUGUGCGUGGUGGGUCUUUCGUCCGGUGUCGCUUCAAUGCGCAGACAAAGAUUUUUGCUGCGGUAAUGGCAGACCUCAAACAAAUAUGAUUCGGCAGUAGGAAUUUUCUCCGCCUGGUCUUGGUUCGCCGCAGCAAAUGUGGUGAGAAAAAGAAGAAAACAUUCAGGGCUGCACAGAGACUAGCUGCCGUUGUUAAAGCUGCUGUUCCUGUACUAUCGGAAGUCACACUUGCCCCCAUCGGGCACGAUUUGCCAUGCCGAGCCUUGAAAGCAAGCAGGCCCCGGUAGUUGCCGCCGGGAGCGCCAACAGCUCGUCGCGGUACGAGAAAGUUAAGUUGGUGGGCGAGGGAAGUUUCGGGAAAUGCUGGCUAGUGCGGGACCGGCACUCGGAGAAGCAGCUCAUCCAGAAGGUGAUCGAUUUGUCCAAAAUGUCCGAGGAAGAGAAGAAUGAUACGUAUCGCGAGGUGCAGGUGCUGGGAAGGCUGCGGCAUCCGUACAUCAUCAGGUAGGUUUGGUGUUCAUUUUUCGAUGCUUACAUCUUUUUGUGCGUACUGCAUGAAGUAGAACGCCCAGGAGAACAAUGGUUUUGUCGUAAGUGCUAUCAUGAUCCAGCAUUCUCGAGGAGGACGUGUAUGUUGUUCUUGGAGGAGUGAUGCAACACUGACCGUGUGAAAUAAUAUGAAAAUGUGCAGCCUCUUCAAUUGAUGUUUCCUCAGAUAUCGUGAUUCUUUCCUGACGGGGUCAUCUACUUCCGCAGACAAAGCGGGAACGACAACCAACCCAGACAACGAGCGAGGUAACUACAAUGAUCACCGGCCCGCGUCCCCGCAGAAGCUUCUGUGUCUGGUCAUGGACUAUGCGACGAACGGGGACCUGUACACUCGGAUUCGGAAGCAGAAAAAGUUGAAGCAGUUUCUUCCCGCAAGUUUGAUUCUCCGUUGGUUCACGCAAAUCGCACUUGCCGUGAAGUACAUCCACGACCAGAAAAUUCUGCACCGGGAUCUGAAGACGCAGAACAUCUUUUUGACCAAAGUCGCAAUGUCUUCACUGAUGUCAGAAAACAACCCUCCAGUAGUUCUUCCGAAUUUCGAAAACGUGAAAAUCGGGGACUUCGGCAUCGCGCGGGUUCUCUCCCACACGUCUGACGUUGCGAAAACCGCCAUCGGCACGCCGUUCUACAUGAGCCCCGAGAUCUGCCAGGCACAGCCCUACGACUACAAGUCCGACAUAUGGGCCAUUGGAUGCUGUUUGUACGAGAUGAUCACGUUAAAACACGCGUUUGACGACGAAAGCAUGAAGGGCUUGGUCCUGAAAAUCCUCAAAGGCGAAUACGAAAAGUUGAAACCGGGAAACAGUUCAUCUUCGUCCUCAUCUGCAGGUGCAACUGGACGAAAUAAUAUCCCGGCUGUACAACACGAAUCUUCGCAUCAACUUGAUGUCGCGAAACUGGAUGAGCUGAAGCAAGUGGUGGAUAUCAACUGUAAAAAUGUCUGGGUCUGGAAGAUUCUGACACUUGUCAUGCACGUUUUGCAUGAGCCCUGAUGUCUGUGAUGCAUGUUCUAGCAUGACAGAUUUUUUGAGAGCUUCUUGGUGCCUAUUCCGCAUGACAAAUGCCCUCUCCCCCGCGUAGCAAAUGUUACAUUCCUUUUGGUACUCAUGCAAUACAGAUUCUUCUGGAAUCCAAAUGCAGCAUCACAAGUUGCAUUCUUCCAGACCCAGACAUUUUUCCAUUUGAUAGUGGACCUGUGUCUGCAACUAGACCCGCGGAAACGCCCGAAAGCGCGGGACCUGCUGAAUAAGCAGAUUUUGCGGAAGCAGAUUUUUGCAUUGCUGGAGGAAGAUAAGAAGCGGGCGCAGGCGCUUGAUGCGGAAAAGAACAGCAUGAAGAAAGCACAGGGUCUUCAGGCGGGGGUGGUGGUUCCCGCUGAAGAAAGGGUUCCAGAACAGCAGGACGAAAUACUAAACCCAAAAAAGCAGAUGAAGCGGCACGGGGACGGGCAGAUUGCUGAAGAUCAUCGGCGAGAGCAGUUGGACAGAGUUGCAGCAGCAGUAGCUGCUGCUGCUGCCCCCGCACCUGCUGCGUCGCUUGUGGUUCUGGACAAGGAAAACGUGAGUGAUCCGAGGACCGCUCCGAAUGCGAUGAAUGCGGUUGAGCAAGGGCGAGUAGAGAAAAAGCCCACGGUCGCCGGACAGCAAAGAAAAAUACAGCACGACCACAAGCCACAACCGCCAAGCAAUAACGUCAAGAGCAACCACUACCCUGCUGGCAGGUCCACUCCGCGAAAGGUUUUGCACCGUCCUCAGCAGCGGCCUGCGUCGUCCAAACGGAUUGAGCAUUAUCCGAAUGACCGUGCGGGUGUGGUGAAGAGGGUCGUCGUGCGUUCCAGCAAAUCUACACCGGUGAAAAAGACUAGUGAAGAAAUAUUCGACCACCGGAAAGGACCUCCAGAGAAGACAGAUCUACCCGGUACAGACGCGAAGCAGGAGCAGAACAACGCAGCGGACGAGAGGAAGCCAAAUCAGAAGGAACAAAGGAACCAAAUGUUGAAUCGCGACCACGGUCGAAGAAAUUUACUCUUAGCUCGGGAUUACAACGUCGCUCUGGAGCAGGUGCAAGACCCGCCGCGCCGCCGCGAGCCUGGUCGGUACGCAGACCUUCAGAUGAGGAAGAAGAGCAGUGAGAAGGAAAAUGAAGUUCGCGCCAAGAUGGCAAUGUACCGAAAGCAGGCCCAGUACCCAGCUUCUCCCGCUUCCAAGAAGAUCGUGGAAAAGAAGAAGCACCAGCAGAUUCUACCUACAGCGCAACAACAAAGAUCACCAGGGUUGCAAAUACGGGAUGAAAAUGGUGCUCCGGAUUCCGACAAGAAAGCUCUUAAUUCUCAACGGGAGCGGGUUGUUGUCGACUCCUCUUCAUCGUCGAAGACCACCUCGAAGUCAGUUCCCCCGCCGCAAAGCAGAAAAGACGACCAGGGGGUCGCGAUUUCCUCGCGAAUCGACGCCAUCGCCUUGCGUUUGCGGGAGGAGGACAAAAAGGCCGCGCGGGAAGUCGAAGGGUUUGAGAACAACAAGCGGAAAGAACUCCCAAAACGAUCACCACUGGAGGUUGUGAUGCAGCCGGGCAGAGCUGUAGAUGCGGAAAAGGAUGCUCGCAAGAGAGAAUUACAUGCCAGCAAGGAGAGCCACGUAUUAAACAGGAACCAUGUGAGUGACCGUGUUUUCCAAGACGCCUUCGCGCAGAACGUGUACAAUGACAAGGAUCAUACAACGACUUCCCCCCUCGACAAGGCCAGAAACGAGUACUUGCAGCGGAAGCAGGAGCUGCAUGCGUUUAAAGAACAAGUAGAUGCGAGGAAGGCAGUCGGCGAGAAAGCAAGACCAACUGCAUCAAACGUUGAAAAUAAGACAUCAAGUAAGUCUGACGUAAACAAGAAUUUCUACGAGGACGAUGCGGAAACUUUGAAACCGGCGAAAAAGUAUUCAGUGUUCGAUUUGCGGGACCAGUAUGUUGCGGGUGCAGGAGGGCGAGAAACGGAAAGAAACGCUCUUCACGGCUGCGUAGAAAAAAAGCAGGAAUUGGCGUCUUCACGCGGAGAGGGUAAGUACUAGCUGUUUUUUUCUUAAUGACGGGUGUUUGUGAAGAUUCCUAAGUACGUGCAGAGUGAUGUAGAAUGACAUCUGAGCAUGAAAAUCUCAUCGGAAAAAUCAGCUCAUCGACCGCCCACCCGCGCGGACGAGUCCGCGGCGCGGGUAUCGCGGUUACUGGCCAAAGUUGACGAGUUGUCGAAGCAGUACGGUGCGUCGCCGGAAAAAAUUUCUAAAACCAAAGCUAGAGUAAAUGUCUUGGCUGACAUGAAAACGUCUCAAGAGGUCGAUAAAGAAAACAAAAACCUCUGGGCUCGCGACGGCAAGAGCAAAACGACCGAAGAAGCGGAACGAGUACUCGACUUCGACGUGAAAAGCGCCAAAAUGAAGCUGCUGAUGCGUCGUGAGACGGAGACGGGCAAAGAAGGACAAGCAGAACGCAGCUCUGAAAAAUUGUCCGAGACCGCAAGCGCUAUCUUCGCGGAGGUGCGGUCGUCGGCAGGAACUGAAAUUGUGGAGAGAGAUAACAACAGUAACCAAAAAAUUGCUCCGACGCCAGCUGUACAAGUGAGUUGCACGUCGAAGACCAGUAGGAAAGACGCGAACAACCUGGCUACUUCCGACGCCGCUGCCUCUGGUCAGGUUGGUUUGAAGGCAAAAAAGAAUUACCGCUCUUUUCUGUACCAGCACCACUCUCCAAACUCAACCAAGUCGUUUGCGAAGAGCGAACUGAAAGCGCUUGCUAGCGGUGUUUCUACCGAAGCAACACGUGAGAGGCGAGUAGCUGCAGAUCACAAGGGAAAAGCAGAGUUUGUACGACCAGAAAGUAGCCCAGGAAAAGUUUCGAGUCACCAAAAGUCAAACGCAGAGAAGCAGGACAAGCUGCUUGGCGAAGGCAGUCACAUCAAACAACCACUUGUUUCUGCGCAGAUCCAUCCAAACGUGAAAUCGAACUCGCUCUUCAUCGAGGAACACGAUGCCGCGGACAUGAAAUCUCCCACGAAAUUGAUGAACGAAAAGCAGCAACCUGUCGUCCACAACUUUUUCGACGCACAAGAAAACAACAACACGGAGUAUUUCACGGCAUUGGAGGUGAACUUGAACAACCACACCGGCGCGGAGCGGUUCUACGCCCAGACCGUCAACCUCCUCAACUCUUUCGAGAACGAAAUGCUCGCGGAGAAAAAGCCGCUAGCCUUGGUGAAGAGCCCGGGCGACGUGUCCUCCUUGCUGUGGAGCUCGAAGGGCUUGUUCGGCGGGUUGUCCAGUGAUGAGAUCAAGAAUCGAAUGAAAAACAUCCAAGCUGCUACGGCGGGUUCCAAACGAGAAACAGACGGAGCUGCUGGCGCUGCAGGAGGGAGAAAACAGGAACACACAGCCCCGAUUGUUGUAAAUACAGUCGAACCUUCCUCUUCUUCCUGCGAUUUUCAAGCCGAACAAGAGCCAGGAGGAGAAACGGACCACUUUUUGAACCUGAAAUUUAAGUCGCUUACUGAUGCGAACCGCACCCUGCACGUGUUGAAGCAUUUGAAGUCCGUGGAUACGGUGGCGUACCGCUUGGAGUGCGUUAAGGCGUACCUGGAGAACCAGGUCGGAGUGGUAAAGUUAAAGCAGGUCUUUGCAACGCUUGCGGAGAAGCGUGAUGGGGAAUUUACCUUCAACUUCGUCAACACCGUUCAGGAGUACCUGCCGCUAAUCCGGCAGCUGUACGACUGCGAGCAGAAAUACUAUUCGAACGAUGCAAGAACGGUAUCGACAGCAGCUGCAGCGGCCUACUAGUAUAAGAGGGCUGCCGAAUUUUUGGGAAUAUCUCUAACCGUAAGGAUCUUUACAUUUUUUCAUUGGUCAGAAUCUGAAAAGCAGAAACUCAAUAUUAAAGCACCAAAGUCAAAAAAUUUCUAGUUUCGCCAGCCUUGUUGCUGAUUCGUUUGUCGUUUCUAAGGCUGUCUUUACACCGUUUCGAGAACACAGGUAAUUCUGAUGAAUCACAUACCCAUCUGAUACAUUUUGUGUACAUAAAUCGCACCGACAUCGAGAAAAGGAUUUUGGAAGACAAAAUAGGAAAGCAUCUUGAUGAUCGGAUACAAUAACAUCGUUUCGUCGUUUAGAAAAUGCAAAGAAGCACGACAUGGAGACAAUCACAAUGAAGCAGCGGCUUUUUGACAUGGAUACGACGUUUUUUACGUACGAAACUCAUAGAACGCGAAGAUUUGGAUGUCA